CUUAGUAUUGGGCGAGAGGAGUUUUGAGGAAAAGGCGGUGGUACUUUCUCAUUAGAUAUUACCAAAAAUGGAUAUUUAAAUACAAAAGUCAGGAUAAAAUACAUGUUUGGAAUUUCACUUCAAAAAGACUAACAGGUAUCUGGAAAAUUGACGAACUAAGAAAUCAAAAUGUUUGGGAACUAGGACUUUGAGGUGUGAAAAUUUCUACGAAUUUUCAUAGAAAAUUUGAAAGUAGACUUUAGACAGUUUGACUAAGAUAUCAAUCAUGAAACUUUUGAAUAUACUGUAUGUGCUGACUCUCUGUUUGGUCGGAUCUGCAACUGCACAGAAAUCCUCCAGUUGGAUGACCGGUUUUAAUAGUCUUUGGAAUUUAAUUUCCGACACAACACGACGAUCUAUUGAUGGUGUUACAAAAACUUCUGGUAUUGAUCUAUUCGGAAAGAAUGGUUUGCUUACAAAGACCAUCAUGAAGCCAACCCCACCGGCUUUAUAUGAUAUGCCAUCGCAAGAUUAUCCACCCACAGAACCAAACUAUGUUGACUUUGGACAUGGGCCUACUCUUUCACCUGAUAUGCUGAUACAACGGGAGCCUCAAAAGAUGAUACUAGCUACAAAGAGAGGACACACAUCACAGUUUACAUGUUCGAAGGAAUAUGCUGCCCUUCCCGGUCACACUAUGUGUAUGAAUGAUAAUCCAAAUGUAGCAGAAAGUGGAAUCUCUGAGUUGGACAAAGUACUUGUUUUGAGACAUCAUAAUAGAUUACGUGGUCAAGUUCAGCCUCCAGCUACCGACCUUGUAAAAUUAAAAUGGGACGAUAGACUAGCAGUCGUAGCACAAAAAUGGGCAAACCAGUGUGAAGCAGGACAUGACAAAGAAAGAAAUAUUCCUUCAAUAGGAAUGACUAUUGGGCAGAAUGUGGCCGGUGGUUAUCGUUCGUGGAAGAAAGCAGUGCAGAUGUGGUAUGACGAGAUUACGAUGUGGAAGUACGGGAUCGAACCAGAUUCUUAUCUCGGUCACAAAGGAUGGAAGAAAAUUGGACAUUUCACACAGAUGGUACAGAAUGGUACAUACUUAGUUGGUUGUGGAUAUGCAGUGUGUAAGAAUUCUAUGUACAAGCGUUACUACGUCUGUGACUACGCUGCAGGACAGUCUAACUUGGCAAUUCCAUACACAAGUGGUCCUCGAUGUUCCAAAUGUCCCCAUUCUUGUUCGAAUGGACAGUGCGACUGCAAAGGGAUAGUGUGUUAUAAUGGCGGGAAACUAGACCCAGAUAGUUGCCAGUGUCAAUGUACCAAAGUAUACAAAGGAAGAACGUGCGAGGAAUUGAAUUGCCCAGCAGAGGACGCCUUUGUUUGUGGCAGAGAUUGGCCUCAGUCAUACUGUGAAAGAUUCUACAAUGUCCCAGAUGAAUGCCCUUACAUGUGUGGAAGAUGCAAAGGAGGGUCAACAAGUGCACUCAAACCACCAACGACUUACACCUCAGCUUUCGGAUGUACUUUCAAAGGACGAAGGGCGAGUCACACGGAAUGCUCAAAAUAUGGCGACCACGGUCAAGACAUCCAAAACUGUGCGACGCAAGGGGGUAAUGUAGGAUGCAGUGAUUGUGCUACCUACUAUAAUGUCAAACGUGACAUGUGUCCAGUAAUGUGUGGAUUAUGUGAUGCUCCAUGUGGUGGAAAGAUGUGUCAAAAUGGCGGGAGUCUGAAUACAGCCACAUGCACAUGUACAUGUGUGCCUCCCUACAGUGGAUCUACAUGCGCAAAAGCAAAAUGUCCUGCCCAGGAUGCAGUCCAUUGCAAAUGGUGGCCGAAAUCUCAUUGUCGUACUUACUACAAUGUUCCCCAGGAAUGCCCAAGAAUGUGUGGUAUAUGCUAGAAGGUGUAAGUAAACAGCAGAAACAGUGAAGUACUUCUGAAAUGAUUGUAUUUCUCAUUAGUUGGUGGUCAGGUCUACAGACAAAAAAUACACAACAACCAUGUCAUGAAGAUUUUUCAAAUGUCUGUUGUAUUCCACGAAUACAUAGACAUAUUUUAUAGUUAUAUUUAGGUGACCUUAAGUGUUGACUUGUGAUUUAAUAUGUGCUGAAAAUGUAAAUCAUUGUAAUCUGUACACUUAAAUGGAAAUCUGUUGUUCAUUUAUACAAAUAAAGGAUAAAAAUGGAAA